GGCGCGUACUCGGUUGGGAAAAGUUACGAUUCGGCGGAAUUGGGAAGACGAUCACCUCUCUGUCUUUCCUUCUUUUCCUUCCAUGGUCGUCAUCAUCAUCAUCAAUCAAUUCUCCAAAUUCCAAAAACCCUUCUAGUUUCUUUCACAUUCCUCCGAUUUCCCAUCUUCUUCACUCACCAUACUCCACUCUGUUUCUCUCUACAACCCACAGAAGCAACAACAAUGGCGGACACCAUGGAUGACGAUUCCAUUCAAGACUUGAUCACCCAGCAGCGUUCCGAACUCCUUUCCGCCAAAACCCUUUUCUCCGAUCUUGAUUUCGCCUUCCAACUUCAACUCCAGGAGGCAAUGAAUGCUUCUCUUGCUUCUAAACCCUCGACCGAACCAUCUUCAUCACUUAAUACCGCCGUCCCUGUCUUGGAUUCUGAAGAAACUGGCGCUUUAGACUUGGCUACCACUCUUAUGCUCGAGGACAUUGCUAGGUUCGCUAUGGAGUUCAAGGACCGGGAGCAGUGUCAUAAUGAGAUGAGGAAAAUGAAGGAGGAGCUUGACCGUCGGGUUCACGAUCAGAAGUUUGCGGAGUAUAUUCGGAAUGUUCCUGAGAAUGAGUGGAGGAAGUAUGGGGAUAAUUAUGAGAAGCCGUAUGGUGAAAGUUCCUCGUCCUCUUCUUCUUGUUCUUCUCCGUCGAGUGUGGAUUCUGAAUGUUUUAGGGUGUAUUCGAAGGGGUUGAUUAGUGAAGAGAGGAUUAGAGAUAUGGUGGUUAGGGUGGCUGGGAUUGGGGUUGCGGUUUGUGAUCCUAAGGAUAAUCUGUUGUUUGAGAAGACGAGUCCUCUGGAAUCUAUGGUGGAUAGUAAGGAAACUAGCAGCCAAUGCGCUGAACUUGAAGCACUGGUUGAAGGCCUCAAUGUUGCUCUUAUUUUAGGCUUGAGAAAUGUCACUUUUUUCUGUGGUGAUUACAUGCUCUACCAGUAUCUUACAGGUAGGGUGCUUCCAGGAGCGAGCUCCAUGGCAAAAUUGGUUAAUGAGGUGGUUCUUCUUCAGGGAAAAUUUACCUACUGUAACCCAUCUCUCGUGACACGUAAUGAUAUCAAGUUUGCUUUUAGACUUGCAAGAGAGGCUAUAGUUUCUCAAAUCACCUGGCCUGCAGAAGCUGAGAAUGGAAAGUGCUUGAAAGAAACUUGCACAAUUUGCUUUGAAGAUGUCCGUGUGGAUCAGAUGUUCUUAGUUGAUGGUUGUUUGCACCGAUACUGCUUUUCUUGUAUGAAGCAGCAUGUAGAAGUAAGGUUGCUCAACGGGAAUGGGAUGCAGGCAAACUGUCCACAUCAGGGUUGUGCGUCGGAAAUUAAUAUUGAAAGCUGCGGAAAGUUCUUGGAACCUAAGGUGUUUGAGAUUAUGAGCCAAAGGAUUAAGGAAGCUUCUGUGCCUCUUUUGGAAAAAGUUUAUUGCCCCUAUUCCAGGUGCUCAGAAUUGAUGUCCAAAACCGAGCUGUUAAGAUAUACCGAGGAUUCAUAUAUUGAUGCGAAACGAUCCGGGGCAAGGAAGUGCAUGAAAUGUAAUAGGUUUUUCUGUAUUAAUUGCAAGGUCGCUUGGCAUUAUAACCUGACUUGCUAUGACUUCAGAAAGUUAAAUCCCAAUCUCCGUUCAGAUGAGAAAAUGCUGAAGUCUCUUGCAUCCCAGAAACUUUGGCGCCAAUGUGUUAUGUGUAACAAUAUGGUCGAAUUGGCUGAAGGCUGCUAUCACAUCACCUGCAGAUGUGGAUAUGAGUUUUGCUAUACAUGUGGGGCCCCCUGGAAAAAUAAGAAGCCUACAUGUAACUGUCCUAUUUGGGACGAGCGGAACAUCAUACGCAAUCAACGUCGAAGAUGAGCAUUUCAGCUGAGAAAUUUGGGGGAUAGCUGACGCUUUCUUCUCUUCAGUUUCUGUUUCUUUGCACACUGCCAAAGAUAAUAGGUAUUUUGUGCAGUUCUCUAGUUGGUGACAUACUGAUAUUAGAUCACAUCUUUUGUCAACUUUAAAUGUCUCGCUUUCUAUCUUGCAAGACAUCGUGUUUCUUUUCCUUGACUUCUAGGUUUGACAUGAAGAGUUUUCAUGUACAAUUUUCUUGGUCCACAAUUUUCAUUUGUGCUUAGAAAAAUAGGUGUCUAAAGAAUUAGGAGAACUUGGGAAGCAUUCUGUUGGCUAUGAAUUAGAACAAUGAUGCUUGUUAUUCUGGAAACCAGAGAUUCCAUGCCAUUAAUUCUUCUUAAACCUCUUUCAAGAUUGUUUGUACAUGGAUAUGACUUGUCCAAAACUUUUUGCAUCUUUAAAGAACCUGGCCCACAACUUUCAAUAAAAGGAAAGGACACUUCUCUUUAGGGAAAAUCAUGGCAAGAUAGU